AUGUUGAAUCUCAUUAUCUCUCUUCUCUCCAAGGAACUUCUCACUGGAGAAAAUUUUCCCAACUGGAAGUCAAACAUCAACAUUGUGUUUAUCGGCGACAACUCCAAGUUUGUUAUGGCUGAAGUUUGCCCUGACGUCCCUGGUGAUUUAUCUUCAAUAAAAUCAAGGGAGAAGUACGAGCAUUGGCUCACUGCCAACAACAACACCAAGGAUUACAUGCUAGCUAGCAUGUCAGACACGCUAAGGACGAAGAUGGAGGAUGUUGAAACUGCCUAUGAAAUCAUGGAGCAGCUUCAGGAAAUGUUCGGACACAAAUCUAGACAAGCUCGUUUCGAGGCAACAAAAAAGUAUGCUAAUGUCAGGACGGUGCCUGGAAUGCAUGUUCGUGAUCACUUCAUCAAGAUGAUGAACUGCUUUCAAGAGGCAGAACUGCACAGAGCCACCAUAGACGAGGAAACUCAAGUGGGGCUUAUUCUGAAUAGUCUUGCUCCCAGUUUUCUUCCAUUCACCGCCAACUACUUACUAAACAAACUUAAGUACGGAAUGACUCAACUCAUGAACGAGCUUCAAAUGUUUGAAGUUAUCAACGGUGGAACAAGUAAGGGACAUGACAAGAAGCCCGCUGCUGCUACUGAGGUCGCUCCUAUAGAAGCCAACUUAGCCUCAUCCUUGAAGAGCAAUAAGAGGAAUAAGAGAAAGAACAAGAAGGGCAAGGCCACAACUACUGCAAAACUAGAUGGAGUUGCUGCAAAACCUGCUGGGGAAAAACCCACUGCUAAGAAAGUCAAAGGAGCAUGUUUCCACUGUAAGGAGACUAGGCAUUGGAAAAGAGAUUGCCCAACUCUCACGGCUAGAGGAACCCAAGCUACUUAG